AUGUCUUCCAAGACUGCCCCCGUCACCGUCGUCCCGCCUACCUCCCACGAGGCUCUUUCUUUCACCCAGGAUAUCCGCGCCAUCAUGGUUGGAUCUAAUGCCAAGCCCGACAAGCGGCCCCAUCUGGUGGACAACCUCCCUCCUGCACCGCCGCCAUCUCCAGUGUCAUUUGCAACCAACAGCACUGGCAAAGCCCCCGGCGGCAAACGGGAGAAAAUCCCCAGCUUGAGUCUGGAGUAA